GAAUUGCUCCACUCCGCUUGAUAUAUGCAAGAAUGGAGCUUUUUCCCAAUUGAACCACAAAUGAGCAUUAACCUAAGAUCCUUAUAUACUACUCACAAGAAGGUAGGGAUAUUUCAGCAUGAACCUAAAAUGUACUACUGUAUAAUCUUUAUUUAUAGUUUCUCUCAUUUUGAAUGCACAUGUUCAAUACUUAAUGCACAACUUGCUUUUCGCUAACAUGACAGUCUUACAUAUCCCUAACUUUUUGUGAGUUGUAUGUGUAAAAUGCUCUAGGACAUUUCUAGUUAGAAAAACAAUAUAACUAAAAAUAAAACCACACAAAAAUACAAAUGGUAAGAGGAAAAAAAGGAAUUUACACAUGCAAUAAAAAAAGACCAAAAAAAAUUAUAGUCAAAUAUAAAUGCAAAUACAGUAUGACAUCCUCUAUCAGACAAGAAAAAUAGCAUAAAGGAACAAUCUUUGGGUAAAACUAUGGGGAAAAAACGCACUAAUUGGUCGCAAAAUACACAUACACGAUCUAAAACGGUCAAAACUCUGCUGUAAAUUAUACAAAUGAUAAUAUUACGUAUUUGUUCUUAUUGGAAUUGUCAAAUGUCUGGUGUAGUAACACUUCCGCACCGUUAGGUGGCAGCACAUUAAUUUGUACUACACUGUUAGCUACUCACUCGAGCUCAUUUCCGUAUUUACAAGCGGAGCGUGACGUUCAGGGUCUCGUAAAAUACGGCUUUGAGACGCAAAUUCGGCAAUUUUACAUUUCCACUUCGGGUGACCACUAUGAUGUCUUUAAAGGCUUUUCUCAGCGAGAGACUGAUGGCGGUGGCGGAUGAGAUAUUCGGGGCGGUUGAAAAGACAAUAGACGAGUACAAAGAGGAGAUUUGCCGUAUGAAGGACCUGGAAAUCGGCCGCCUCAGGAUGCAGCUGAGGCUCCUGAAGACAGAUCCAUGCAUUGGAGUCCAACUGCAGGAGCACACACAUCACCACCAGCUUCCUCCUCCUCCACCGCCACCUCAGCAACAGAAUGAGGCAGCAGCAGACACGGAGGCCCGACAUAGUGAGGAGGAAGCCAGCAGCAGCAACAUGGAGCAUCCCAAUGAGCCUGCUCGUGUGAAGACAGAGCCCCACAGGAAUCACAAAGAGUUCUGGCUGGGCCAUGGCUCAGAGGAGCAGCUGGAGGAUCUGGAGUCAGAUAUAAAAGACUUCAUGUCCUCUACCUCCAAUGUGAAGAACAGUCUGCAGGACAUCCCCGCCUUGCCCUUUUAUUUGUACCACAACAACAUUGGGGAGGAGGGCAAGGAGAAGCCGUACAGCUGCACUGUUUGCGAGAAGCGCUUCGCCAACUGCUCUCACUUGGCAGCUCACAUCAGGACGCACACGGGCGAGAGGCCCUACAGGUGUGACAUAUGCAGGAAGAGCUUUGUCACCACCAGUGCCCUCAACAGACACCAGACCAUACACACCGAGGGCAAACACUAUGUGUGCAUUUACUGCAGUAAAGCCUUUAAAUGGAUGGAGUCUCUCGGCAGGCAUGUGAGAAUUGCGCACAAGAGACAUAACGCCCCUGAAUGACCUCACUUUUAUUUCAAAUAUAUAUUUGUAGUCAGUUUACAUUUAUACACAUUCGGCAGGUUCAAGUGGGUGUACAGAAUGGACCUAUGAACCAGUAGUAAACAGAAUAAUCCAUCCAUUUUCUAUACUGCUUUGCCUCAUUAGGGUUAUCUGAGCUGGAGCCUACUCCGGCUGACUUUUGGGGCAAGAGGAAGGGUACACAGCCUGGACAGGUCACCAGUCAAUCACAGGGCACAUAUAGACAAACCAUUCACAUUUGCACCUAUGGAGGCUACAAGUAACCUAACAUGCAUGUUUUUGGGAGGAAACUAGACAGGGAGAACAAACUCCACAGAAAGAUGUUCCAACAGAAAUAUGGACUCAGCCUGUCAUGCUAACAUUGUAACCACUACUCCACUGUGCUGCCCUAAACAUAAUUGUAAUAAUCGUAGGAUAAAAUCUAAUGAUAAAAUGAAAAAGUGGCAUUUAUUUAAGAAAGCAGUGUAUUGUUCUCCAGUAAUAGUCUUUAAAUGAAUGUUCUAUAAAUUGCUAACUCUCAACAGUUGCAAACUGUAGUGUCUGUUUUGAAUGUUAAAAAUGUGUGCAUUUUGUCAAGGCUAACUGCAGUAAAAGGUGUAAUUGUGUACUCAUUGUU